CGGCAGCAGGUGGGAGCGGGGCUGUUGCUAUCAAUAUGGCGGUUGUCAGCCAGACAAAGACAGUCAGUCUGAUGUGAUUGAGACAAGGGAGGUUUUCAGGGGGAGACUGGGAGAUAGGGGCCUCCCCUCCCCCCUCUGCUCUUCCUGCGCGGGCCUGGAGCUCUCCUCAGCCCCUCCCGCAGGGCGCCCCGCGGUGAAGAUCCCCUCCCCCUCCCGUCUUCCUCCUCCCUCCCUCAGCCUUGCACUGGGACGCUGGGGAGGGGGCUGAGCCGGGUGCAGAGAACUCUCAGCUGGAUUUCCGAGAAAAAGAUAAGGAAAAGAUGAGAAUCCUGAAAAUCAAGUAAGACUGUCUUCCUGGGCAGUUCACUUGUGGAGUGACUGUGCUCUGGCUUCCUGAAUGGUAAAUAAGGCUGGCCAUCUUUGGAAAGGCCAUUGAUCUGCCUCAUGUAAAGUAUGCUCAGCUCCUUUCCAGUGGUUUUGCUGGAAACCAUGUCUCACUAUACAGAUGAACCCAGAUUUACCAUAGAACAGAUAGAUCUGCUCCAACGUCUUCGGCGUACCGGGAUGACCAAACAUGAAAUUCUUCAUGCAUUAGAAACUUUGGACCGUCUUGAUCAAGAGCAUAGUGAUAAGUUUGGACGGAGGUCCAGCUACGGGGGAAGCUCCUAUGGGAACAGUACCAACAAUGUUCCAGCAUCUUCCUCUACAGCCACAGCUUCCACGCAGACCCAGCACUCGGGAAUGUCCCCAUCACCCAGCAACAGUUACGAUACCUCCCCACUGCCUUGCACUACCAAUCAAAAUGGGAGGGAGAACAAUGAUCGAUUGUCCACAUCCAAUGGGAAGAUGUCACCAUCUCGCUACCACGCAAACAGCAUUGGUCAGAGGUCAUAUAGCUUUGAAGCCUCAGAAGAGGACCUAGAUGUAGAUGAUAAAGUGGAGGAAUUAAUGAGGAGGGACAGCAGUGUGAUAAAAGAGGAAAUCAAAGCCUUUCUUGCCAAUCGGAGGAUUUCCCAAGCAGUUGUUGCACAGGUAACAGGGAUCAGUCAGAGCCGAAUCUCUCACUGGCUGCUGCAGCAGGGAUCUGAUCUGAGUGAGCAGAAGAAAAGAGCAUUCUACCGAUGGUACCAGCUUGAGAAGACAAGCCCUGGGGCUACGUUAAGUAUGAGACCUGCUCCCAUUCCAAUAGAGGACCCUGAAUGGAGACAAACGCCUCCCCCAGUCUCCGCCACACCCGGAACCUUCCGUCUUCGACGAGGGAGUAGAUUUACCUGGAGAAAGGAGUGCCUAGCUGUCAUGGAAAGUUACUUCAAUGAGAACCAGUACCCAGAUGAAGCAAAGAGAGAAGAAAUUGCCAAUGCUUGCAAUGCAGUCAUACAGAAGCCAGGCAAAAAGCUGUCUGACCUGGAACGAGUUACCUCUCUGAAAGUAUAUAAUUGGUUUGCUAAUCGACGGAAGGAGAUCAAGAGGAGAGCCAAUAUCGAAGCAGCAAUCCUGGAGAGUCAUGGGAUAGAUGUACAGAGUCCAGGAGGCCAUUCCAACAGUGACGAUGUGGACGGGAACGACUACUCCGAGCAGGACACUUGGCAAGCACGCAAUGGGGAGGAGGAGGAGGGAAGAAGUUCAGAGGGAGGCAGAGAAGCAGAGAAGGAUGACAGCACCAGCCAUAGUGACCACCAAGAUCCCAUCUCGCUAGCUGUGGAGAUGGCGGCCGUCAACCACACUAUCUUGGCAUUGGCCCGGCAGGGAGCCAAUGAAAUCAAGACAGAGGCCCUGGAUGAUGACUGAUCAGGGAGUUAAACAGUUAACUUAGUUUAGACGUAGCACCUUAGCAGACUUUCCUCUGUCCUUAACACGUGUUCUUACAGUAUAACUUACAGUUUCUUGUAUGUCAGGUAGCCAUUAGGGUCUUGUUCUGUGAAGAUGGCAUGGUGCCCUCAGCCUUUGCAUAUACUCUCUCAGUAUUAAAAUUCCAGUAAGUAAGAAACAAACAAACUUCCCUUUCCCAGCCCCUGAGGCUAAAAGAAAAAAAAUCUCGCUGCUCUGUCUUAGCAUUCCAAGAAAGUGCUUCCAGGUAUUUAGAUAAACCCUCAGUUUUCAAAUAUUAGGCUCUGUGUAAAAUCUUGGGUACCUUUAGAUCCAUGUAACACUAGGCUGUACCCCGUCCCUGCCCAAAGACUGAUAGGAUGCAAGCUGAGGUAGUGGCACAGGGCGGACAGACACCAUUUGGGAAGUAUCCACAGAGCAGAGCACAAGGAACACUAGAGCCCCGCCUCCCUCGGCUUGAGACUCACUGAUUCAGCUGCAAUAAGCCACGCCUCCUAGUCACAGAGCGGCCAGGCUCUGCUUUGGGUGCUGUGUUAAGAAUGUCAUUGGAAUCCCAAGCUCAGAUCUUGGUUAAUGCUAACAUGCCCAACACAGACAUCCUCCUCUCUUACAAGCUGUGUGACCAUGUAGAUAAUAUACUGCCUUCUGCCUUUGGGACCACGAUUCUAAAACAAAAAGGACAAAAUCCAAGUUCUGAAAAGCAAAGCCCGGCUUGAGAGCAGUAGGGAAAAGCAUGAGCUGAAUGGCGGAUGGAUGCUGAGCCCAGGCCUCAGGGCCGCUAUACAUUCCACAGCGCGGUGCCAGCGCCUGCCUGGGAGAGUGCUGGAGUUACCUUGGAAGUUGCUUUGCCUCCUGUUGGUGCCCCCUCCCUGCUACCAAAAAGGAUAGAGCUGAGGUCAUGAGUGAGUGAAAGGGCAGGCUUUGCACCCGCCACCUGGAGCCCACCCAGAGUUGCUAGGACUGUGCUGGGGACUGUGACAAUUUGACUGUCACACAUGGAGGUCCUUGUGUGCCCUAGUGUGGGGCAGAAAAAGCAGGGGACAUUUACCACCUACAUCAUGAGCGUGUGGGACAGCAGGAUGCCUCUGCUGUCUUCUCUUUAUUUGUCCUUGUGGAGGUGUGAAAGCUAUAUUGCUACAGGCAAUUUAUUUAAUAAUUGGAAGCCAUAUUGAUAAUGGAUGUGGUGAUAUUUGUAGUUUAAUCUACUUUAAGCGGCAGUAACUAAUGGAAUUCUUUUCCUUGAUCAUAUAUGUAGCACUUUUGUUACUUUUUAAAGAUAUUUAUAUUUGAUAAAUCUUUUUUUCAUUUUGAAAACUCAAAAUACCAAACAGUGAACUUGCGUUAUAAAGUCACCCUGUGGUCACCUUGUCAUCUAGUAGCAAAAUGAUGAACUAUUCAUGCAUCAAAGAAAAUUACAUCUGCUGGCCUUGUGUGAGAAUGAUCUCCUGGAGCCCUGAUUAAAUAGCACACUGUCACUGUGGGUAAGAAGAAACAGCCUUCAGUGAAUUGGUGCGGUGUGUGCUGAGGGCUGAACGGCUUCUGCUUCCUGCAUCUCCCCUCUGUUGUGUCUGAAGAAGCCUUGCUUAGAGGACAGUGUGGAGUGGGCCUCUGAGCAGGCGUCCAUCUUUUUGUCCAUGCCUGAACCAAUCUCUAAGACAGAGAGUAGGUGCCAUCUCCUCAGCCCUGCCCCCUCACCAAGUGUGUCCUGCUUCAAAACUGUUGUAAGAGGGCGCCGACCUUCCUCGCUUCCCCUGAGCACUGGCCGGAUACUUGGGAUCCGCAGUGUUUAGCUGGUCUUACCAAGGCACACUCCGUCUGGAUUAUCCCUUAGAUAUAAAUCUCGGUCACAGGAAUGUGAGGAGUCAAGUCAUCUUUGAGGGCUGAGGAUGCUACCCCACCUACGUCUGUGACUUUGAAGGGCACUAAGUAGGGCUUGGCCCUGCUCCUGUCAGUAGAUUUCAGGGGGAAAUGUAUGCAUUUUCCCCAGCUCUGAGAACUGAAGUGAAAUGGAGCCAUCUUCUCUUACUGUAUUACUUGAACCCACAAAUUUAAGAGUAGCAUUUCUUAUUCUCAGGAAUGAACCCCCCACACCUACAUAGAAUCUUGCAUGGUUUCUUUGAUUUUUGUUUGUUUGUUUGUUUGACGUAGGCGAUUGCAUUACCUUUCUUUCUUCCUUCCUUCCUUCCUUCCUUCCUUCCUUCCUUCCUUCCUUCCUUCCUUCCUUCCUUCCUUUCUUUCUUUCUUUCUUUCUUUCUUUCUUUCUUUCUUUCUUUCUUUCUUUCUUUCUUUCUUUCUUUCUUUCUUUCUUUCUUUCCUUUUGUUUACUUAGAAGGAAUAUUCCUAUUAUGUAUAUCCAUUUUGGUUGAGUUUUGUGUGCUUAUUCUCAGUUGAAUCAGAAAGAACAGGAGAGGGGAAAAUGUCUUUUUCUGACAAGCCACAUCCAUGAUUUACCAUGAGAUUAUGAUGAUUGACAGCUUCUCAGGGUGCGGCUGCUCCUGUGUUUGUUCUUACUUGCAGUCUUAAAGGAACAGGCUCCAGCUGUUAAGACAGUUCUAGUCUCUAAGGGAACUCUGACUUCAGCAGAAGAGCAAAGUGUUCUGUCAUCUUAGGGCCUUUUAGAGAGAGCAGUGCAGCAGAGGAUGCCAAGGCCUGGCUGGUAGAGGCAGUGCCAGCCCUGUGUGGCAGUGUGGUGGUACUAGAAGAGCAGUUAGCAUGGAGGCUGGCUCUGUACUGAGCUAGCUAGGUCUGUCACAUGCCCAGAGACUCACAGCCUUACAGGGAACCUGCACUCUCUCACCUGCAGUAGGAUCGAGGUUUAAACACUACCAUCAGGAGUUUUCCCGGGGUCACCAUGUUUGAUUCUACUUUCAAGUCCCAGCCCCUGAGCUCUUGGACUGGCCACAGAACAUCAGUCAGCUCAUCCUUCGUGCUCCUUGCUUGCUGUCUGCGCUCAUCUCCUGUACUUCCUGUGGUCCCUGAGCUCUUUUAAGUUGUACCUUCUCGAUCAGAGACGACUGGAAGCCGGAGAGGAGGGGAGCAGGCAUUUGUAGACUGUGAUGACGUUUACUUAAGAAUGACUGUUGAUGGAUAAGAAGGUAAUUUCCCACCUCCUGGUACCUUACAUGGUGACCUGUUAACAAAGGACCAUCUUCAGACAUUCCUGCCUAUCUGAGACAAUCGCCAGGAAGGGCAGUUCAGUGCUGUCCAGUGUGACUAUGCAGGGCCUCAGACCUUGGACACAGAAGGCACUUUGGUGAACACUCCAUAACACAGGUACAGGAGGCGAGCACCUGGGGUAGGGAGGCAGACGGCCUGUGCGCCUUUCACUCCAGCUCAGUAGGUGAUCUUAGAAAGACAUGAGUGCAUUGGCAGCCUGCUUGGACUCCUGUGCUCUGUCUGCUCCAGGGCUCUGGUUCCUGGGAUGUUUGUCCCUCGGCCACACCCAUUAUUUUAGGACCAGAUAUCUGGGAAUGUUUUACAUCCUGGGAGUGGCACAUAGAAAGCUGACUUCAUUGUCUCCGUCCUCUCUGGCUUUAGGAACUCCUGCUUUAAACUCCUCUUGGAGAUCAGUCGUCAGGCACCAGCUACAGCAGUCGCCGUUCUGUCAGGAUGCUCCCAGCACUCUGUCCAUCCCCACGUGGCUUCUCCCCUUCCCUCGUGUCCCUGCACUGCGUCCUUGUCUGACAUCGCUGGCUGCUUUCUCUGCGCACAGGCUCAGCGGGCAGCAUGAGUCUGCUCUGAAUACAGGCCCUCUUUCCCCUGACUGACCGUCAAGGCUCUCUCUGCCAAGCCUUUGUCUACGCGGUGAAAUUCAGCCCUUCCCUCAGUGACUUCUCUAUUGUGUCCUGAAAGUGUCCCUUCAAGUCCUUUCUCUCCCUGGUCUGAAGAAGUUGCGGUUAGAGGCAGCACUCCAUCUCACCAGCUCUGCUCGAUCCCAGAACUUUCUUCCUCUUUUGCUGAGAGAACAGCCUGGGUUUCCUCUGUGAGCCUCGCCAAGUUCUUAGGCAAUAACGUCUUGUGUGGUGAUGGUCUCCUGCUCAGUGGUUCUCUGCCUCCUGUAUGGGCACCAGUCUCUCUAUCUUUGUGACGUCAUCCUCUUGCUAUGAUUAUUAGCUGUUUUACUACUGUAUUUAUUGAGGCUGUACUGAGACUAGCCGAUUCCACGUACAGCAUUACUGAGCCGAAUUUAUUUUUUUAAGAUUUCCCAAGUAAAGGUUAGGCACAUCGACGGGUUGUGCUGUGUGUGUGAGUGGAGCUAGGUGGGGAAGUACUGGGGCAGGGGUAGGAGCUGUACAUUGUGUAUGCGCUGUACAUCGCAAAAUGUGUUUACUCAGGAUUGGACCACCAGUUAUCAGCCAUAUUGGAUUUAACAAACUGUACUGUGGCUUUGAACACCCUUUCUUCAUCUCCUUAUCAUCUGUUACACUGUAACAGUGAGCACCUGGCAACAGUGAGACUUAAAGGGAGGCAGCCACACAUGGCCAGCGCUUUCUAAGGCUUUCAUGGUAGCAUGCGGUCAGUACAGAUGCUCUGUCCUGCAUAGCGGCCUUCAUUUCACUCCUCCAUUUCAAAGAUGGCCAUCUUUGAUUUUCUUGCUUCGCUAGGGAACUGACAUACGAAGGCUGUAGGGAAGACUCUGAGGCCCGUCACAUCAUCAAGCCAGUGUUCUGGUUGCCAAAGUGCAUCUCUUAUAGCAUGCAUUCUGAAAGACUUUUCUCAGUGCCAUUUGUUUCUAAACUUAAGGGGAGACACCACUUCCUCUGGCAGUGUACAGGACUGACAUGCUUAAAGGAAGCUUUGCGCACGUCCGUGGGCUGGUAGAAGCUGGAGGUUUGGAAAUUGAGAGCUUUCUGUAGAUACUUCAUUACACCAUGUGUGGAGGGGGGUAAUGGAGAAAAGAAAAGUCAGCAGCCUGAGCCCCCCAAACCCUCACAGCACUAGCUCUCAGACUGACAGAAGACUGAAGGAAGGGUCAGCUCGCCAACCUGCUGUUGUUUUGGGAUUCCCGAUCUCUGUGUCCCCAAGUUGCUUUAUCAUUCUCGGCAUCCCAGCAGAACUAAGUCUAGCUGGUCCAACUCCGGGGAGAUGGGAAUGGCCCCCUUGCCCUCCUGGGGCGUCCCUCUAGCCUUGCCAGGGAGCAGGGGAACUUUGCUGCCAGCCUUGGCUUCAGACCCCGUCGGUGGCCAAUCUUCAGACUGAACAGCUCCAAGCACUUGGAGCCGAUGCCCGACUUAGAGCACCCAGGAGGCCAACUCCCCUGACUGCAUGUCCGUCUUUCUCUCUUUAAAUAAGACUGGCUCCAUACAGCCAUAAUUAACUCACAAAUUCACGAUGGUGUGCUGUGAUCAAAUGAAGGUUUGGCAGAAUCUUUCUUCAAAUUGUAACCAUGGUAAUUAGGGGGGAGGCAUAGAAUGAAUAUAUAAAAGUAUAAUGGCAAUUGUUCCGAAUGACUGAGUGUCCUCCUGACAUGUAAUUAGCUGUUUUAGCAGGGUGUAGAUUGGCAUGGUCAUAAUUAAGAGGAUUUCUGUCCUUUAUGUGAUUGAGAAUAGCAGAGCCCAUCCUCAUCCCCUUUGAGCACGGAUGCUCCUGAGAACAUUUGGAACAGCAGCUCAGAAAACCAAAAUAAUGAUAUGGGAUUCAUCUCCCACCCAAGUGAGCGAGCACUGGGCAUCCUGUCAGGGCCGGAAUGGAAACUGUGCUUAUUGCUUCCAUCUGACUUCCGAGUUCUCUUAACCCUCUUGUGUCUAGUUUCAACUUACUCUACUUUGGCCAGAAACUAGUCAAUAUCUCAAACUGAGGCAGCCUCUGGCAGAGCCCCCCCCCCCCUCCACACACACACCUCCGUCCCCGUCCCAUCUUGCCCUGGCAUCUGGAAUACCUUUCCUGGAGACACUUAACUGGAGCUAGCUUAACUAGGCUUCCUGGUAUUUUCAGUCUUUCCUUAGAAUCUUGAUUAUUUCCUCUGCCACGGCCAUCAGGAAGUAUUUGCCGCAUGGAAGUGUACAGUUGAGUAGUGUUUUCCUUAUGGGACCGUAAGACC